UUCGUUCGCUGAGAUUAAAGCCCUACUUUUUUGACGAUAUUUUCGGCCAAUAGUUAGAAUUUCAUGGAAAUAAUAUCUUUUAAAAAUCCACGUACGCUAUGAUACUGAAAUGUCUUCACAUGUUUCAUAAUGUCUUCAAAAUGUCUUCACAAAAUCAAAUGUCUUCAAAAUGAAAACAUGUCUUCUAACAUGGCAUUUCUGGUGCGCCGCAUAGUGGAAGAGAGACGACAUCGCUAGAAAAUAUUGCCUGACUAAUUUCCCACAACGAUGAGAAUUUAAAAUUUACAUUAAUUUGUUUUUUUUAAACGUUGAAUAAAAGUAAAAUGUCAAAUAAAUGAUUCCCUGGUUAUUUUUCAUUGAAAGGGUAAAAGGUAAAUUUCAUUGUGGUACAUAACAUUCUAACGCAAAACUUAGUACUACAAAGUUAUAGCUAAAUUUAUUCAAAAAUUACCAAAUAGCCCCGCUCUACCCUAUGGUAUAUGCCCCUUUUCUUCUACUGCGCUUCAAGUUCAUCUACUGCUCAUUUGUGAAGGAUUAAAGUUUUAGCCAUAGUGAGAUAGGUGCUAAUCAGGAAUAACUUGUGUGAUGAAAUUUAUAAUACUGAUCGGCCUUAAUCAAACCUUCUUAGACUCCAGAGUAGCUUUUUCAAGAUGUUGAAGUUUGGGUCUUGUUAGAGCUCCGCAAUUGCAGAGCAAAUGUUUCGAGGUUUCGCUCUCUCCAAUUUUUUGGAGUGUUUUCGACCAUUUUACUGGAUUAUGUAUUUUGCACACUUUUCUAAUUAUAUUUCUAAUCAAAAACUCUGUUUGCGCAUUGUGUUGCGUUUGUUGAUGUGUCCAAUUACAGGUCACAAUCGCCUCCAAUACGACACUGAGUGGUGCCUCGGUAUGUGCAAUUAGAGGCAAAUUAAUAUAUUUGCUCGGACAGUGCUCUGUUAUAAGCCCAGUAGAUCUGCUGAGUUUUUUUUUAUUAAAACGUAGCAAUUAAAGAGUAACUUUAAUAUUCGGAGUGAUAUUUUUUUUGACAGGUUAAAUUGUACAGCCAUCCAAUUGGCCAUCACUUCUCGGUCUGCCCAUUACUUCAGUUCACUCUUCAAAACACAGUCAGAAAUUCUACAGAAUGGUUCUGGGCCAGUGAAGAGUGACCCUAUACCGCAAUGGUCAGGAAUCCAGUACAGUUGUACCGAACUUAUCUAACUUUGCAUUCCCAAAAAAAAAAUUGUGAUGAGCACGGGAAAACAUUGAGAGCUUUAAGCACCGCUUGACUGUCUGCAGUGUUAGUUAGAAUGUUAGAAUGUCUACAAUUUAUUCUGAGGCAGACAUUUAUACCUUCUAUUAUUGUAGCUAUUUCUGCAGCUUUACAGGAAUUCUCUUGAUUACCUUCUUGAAUUUCCUAUAGCUCCGCCUCCGGUCUUAUUAAUGUUACAGGAAUUCUCUCGGUUACCCUCUCAGGAUUCCCAAUGAUAAUACUCCGCUGUCGCGAUUCGAUCGCGAUAAAAAGCAAGUACGAAAAUAAUAUUUAGAAUAUUUAGCAGGUUCAAUGAACUUUACAGAUUUCCUUUCUAUGGUUUCCUGAACAUAUUUGAUUGAAGAUAUAAUUUCGUUUCGUUGAGUGGUCGAUAGGUCGCGUUUACAUGAUCACAUUUCUUACCUCAGUGAAUCCUGACUCUUACCUCUCCCUACUAACAACUAGGUGAAGUGGGGGAAAAGUGGUCACCCGCAGGAACAUGCCCAUUUCUUGUGUCCACAUACCACUACAAUCCGUUUUUCAAAGAAUACUGUAGCUAAACUUCUUAUUGUUCAAGAUAGUUGUUGAAAAAGUUGAAAAAUCUAACAUUUUUUUAGUGAGGAGGUAAAGUGAUCACCUGUGGGGGGAAAAGUGGCCACUCGCACCUGCACAUGCACACCUCAUGUACAAAUUUGUUUAAAUCAUUAUUGAAAUAGUGGGUACAUGUAUGAAAUGACCUAGGCCUAUUUACCUAGAGUCGUUAUUGAAAUUUUGCUCAUACGUACAAAAACGUAGUAGGAAACACACAACGUAGUAGGAAACUACCUUUCGGGUGUAUAAGCUAAUUGAUGACGUUUAACUAACAGAAUAUCGAAACAAGUUAUGUUUUGCUAAUGGAGGUAUUUGUUCCGAAAUAUUUAUUAUUUCGGAGAGAGCGUCAUUGAAGAGAAGAAGGAACAAUCCUGUGAUGAUAUAUUGUGGUUUUUUUUUGAAUUUAUAAAAUAAAUUUUCAAUACAUUAACAUUAUUUUUUUAGUUUUUUGUCUCAAGCCUUAAUUUUUUGCUCUUUCUAUUUAUGGUCGUUUCAGCACGGUCGUCCCAAUCCGCACUUCCAUUGAAAUAAUUUUAAUUCAUCUUUUUUUUGUUUUGUGUGGUAGUCCCGAUUCACGUGCUCAUCAUUAUCUUUCUAUCAUCCAUACGGUCGUCCCGAUGCCUGCUUGUCCUCUGUUAUUCUAUCGUUUCAUCGUACGGUCGUCCCGAUCCGCAUCUCUAGAGUAGCGCUCAUAAUUAAUAUAUGACUCGUAAUCUUAAGUUUCAAUGCGUUACUGCGAAGUAAAAUGUAUUAAUGCAACGGAUUUACAAGACCGAUGUGCAUCAGUACCUUUUUUUAAUAUCGCCUACUUAAGAUAUUUACAUAUAAUUAAAAAAACGCUCAUGUUAUUACUCCUUAGAAACCAAAGUUCUGCAUUAAUAAACUGCAUUGAUUAAUCCUUGUUUAUUGAAAAAUACAUGUUGAACUAGGUGAAAAUUAAAUCCUUGUUUCUGACAACAAGUUUCAAAUAUGCCAUCAUUCAAGUCAAUCUGCAGUUUAAUAUGAAGCAUUAAAUUUCUACCAACGCUGCUGUUUAAUUGAUACUUUUUUCAGACGUAUCAUUUACUUACUGAUAAUCUUCAUGCAACCCAUGGUAGAACAGUUCUGCCACUUGUAGUCUUCCCCUAACGAGGUAGUAGCGGGCUGACCAUUCAUGUCUUCGUCACAGUGGAGGAAUUCCAGUACUCGUAAUUUGGAGUUGUUCCCCAAAUGGUUUUUUUAUUUAUUUAUGUUCAUUAGCAUUUCAGCCGUUACAGAGCCGGAUUUUAAUCGUGUAUAUGUCACAUGUAUUUGUCGUAUCUAUAAAUAGUACAUUACACAGUAACCAUUUAGGCGUAAGAGUAUUCCUUCUGUUCUUCCAUUGUUCAGUUAGACUGGACAGCGGAGACCGUUGACAUCAUCAUUGUUGUGUUAUUAAUAGAACGACAGCCCGUUGUUUCUUGUAGAGCAGAGCAGUUGUAUGUAUGAAUCGAUCCUAUUUCGACCGUGGAUCGAUCUCCAUCGCUGAUGAUUGUUGCGUGGACAUAAUUAUUUUGUAACAACACAUAGAUGGUCAAUUGAGGGCCCUGAGUUUUGAACUACCGAUCGAUCGCUUACUAAGCGAACGCGCAACCAAUUUAGCUACGAAGAAAUGUGGUAAAGAAUCAUACGCUUCAACAACGCCAAACCAGCAGUUGAAUCAUCAACGUGCCACUGUUUUUGGUCGACGGUCAGCAAACACAGCACCCAUCGCGCGGGUAGCUUUUUCAGUUCCAAAUGUUCAGUUCCAAUGUCGUGCAAAAUCUAUCCCACUCGUUCUUUUGACAUUCAUACAGCUUCAGCUAUCUCGCGUAACUUCACUUUACGCUCAAAACGAGUCGAUGCACUUGUUUUACGAUUUCUUGAUUCGUAGCCUCUUUUGGCUUUCCAGAGUGAGGUGAUUCACUAAACCACCGAAAAAAUAUUGUUGUUCUGAAUGACAGAUCGCGCACAAAAUUGGCAUUAAGACCACUGACAGUAGUACCAACCACACGUACAUAUGUAUCUGGAAAGGCACAGAUUUUUUCGUUAUUUUCGGUACAGAUUCUUACGGUACAGAUUACAGAUUUUCGUCAACAAGUACAGAUUGGUACAGAUUUUCUCCGCGUGUAAAAUUUCUUACAUUUCAAUAAAGCGACAUUAGGGUACCUGACCAUUUUAACGCCGCAUUUAUUGAGGAUUUUUUUUAAGGAAAUUUUGGAACUCAAGCCACUUAAAAUCCUACACCCUUCGGCCACCCACUGGCUUUUGUUAGCGGCGGUGGUGAAGAGAUGCAUUUCACGAUUUCCACAGUUAAUUUUGUUCUCACCAUUUAGAAUGAAUGUGACAGAAAUCGGACUGCCUGCAGAAUAUUUACUACCCUCAACGAUUUAGUGAUUAAUCCUCUAUUGCUUUGUUGGAGUAUGUUUUGCCCCACAUCAAUAGAUUGAAUCGUUUGUUCCAUGCUGUAAACUCUACACCCAAACUAGCAUUGGCAGAAAUGAUGCCAUUUCGUGUGCUGGAGAGUCAAAUGCGCAAAUAAUGUGCUGUUUUAAAAGCUUAAAAAUGGUUUGUAUGUAUGCGAGCAGACAUCUAUUUCUGUUUUCUUUUCUCAUUUCAUUUGGGAUUGUGCCAAAAAAAGUCCUUGCGACGUCAAUGAGGAUCGAACCAAGGCCGGCUGAAAUGCAAAGCUAUUUCACACGACCACGCUAUCCAUAUAGCUGCCAAUGCUGUUAUAUGGAAGCGAGAUAAUAUUACACCUCAUCAUAAAAUGAAGUUGGAAAGAGUUUUCUAAGAGGAUAAUGAAGAACAUGAACGAGAAUAUAUCUUUCUCUGUCUGGGCCGUGUAUUUGGCAAACUAUACGAAAAGCUUUCAUAUGCUUUCAUUUAAAUGUGUCUUCUGUUCCGCUCGCUCCGCUGGCUCUAGCAUAUAUAUUAUACAAAUGAUAUACAUGUCUUGGGGAGUAGAACAUUUUCUGUUAUUUUUCAGCUCAUUUAAUGUAAUAAAUUGGGAUGCCAUAACAUGUGCUGAAAAUUAACUUUGGGUGUAUAUUCACGAUCCAGAAUGAAGAGCAAAAAAAAUUUAUAUCCAACCUUUCUCACUAAUAUUUACGAGGAAUCUAACUUUGUUCAAUGUGCAACACUAUUAAAAUUGAAGAUAAUUUGAAAAGCGGCAGCAGAAGAAACUAUCAGAACAAAAGACAGCAAAAAACAGAUCAUUUUUAAGGAUAUUUGUCGUAGUUUUUUUCGUGGAAAAACUCCUGUCUCGGCAGCUGCUUGAAGUCCGGGUUUGCCAACUUAGUGAUACAAAGUGGGUGUUCAUGUUCUUCAAAUGCACACUCAAAAAAAUACGUCAAACUUAAGUUGACCAAAUUUUCAACGUUCCAUCUAUUACUUUUCCAAAAAAAAAGUUAAAGGUCACACAGUUACCAUGAGUAGUGGGCGUUAUCAUGGAAUAUCGAAUAAUGUAUGUGGGAUGGAUACCAUAGAGGACUCAUGCCAACUGCAAACUAGAUUGAAGAUUAUUGGAUAAGCAAAAUUUAGUUGAGCUGUCUUGUGUACGAAAAGUGGUAACUCGAAAUUUGACAGACCACAACACAGUCGGAACGCAUCUAAUAUAUAUUGUAGUUUUGCCAUUCACUAAAAAAAACCGAGAAUGUCUUGUCUUAUGUGCAGUGGCACUGCGAUGUUCGAAAUAGUUUAAUACCUCACCACAAUGGGUUCGCUAUUUGCUCAAGCAAUGAGUAACAUGCACUAUAAUCAGUGGCUGACACAUAAAGAGAGCAUGUAGAGUUUGAGCACCUGUUAGCUAAACAUACGCACACACACAUUUUCCCUCCCGGCACAUUUGUUAUUGCUAAUUAUAACCCUCUCUGAAUUUGUGAUGCUCGUAAUACUUAAGAAAUUUACUCUAAUUCUUUCGCUCCUCUGAACUAUCAUCGAUACAAAAUCAAAGCAUUCCAGUGGCAAUUAGUAACCUCGCUCAAUUAUUAGAAAUGUGAAAUGGCGAUGAAUGAAUGGGUUACGUAUGUGUGCGACAAACCUAGGAAGAGCCGGUGAUCUAACGAUGGACACAUUCGUCAUGAUACUAUUCGCGUUAAUCAUUGUCGUGAUAGCGCUAGUUUUCCUCUCGAAGCUUCUGUACGAUAAAUAUGUGAAAAAGAGCUCCGUUACGGCCGAUAGUGCCGCGACGACGGGAGCUGCUGGAGCGGCAACGGCGGGAAGCGCGCUUCUGCUGGGUGGAAUAGGAGGAGGAGCUGCUGUAAGCAAGGAUGGCGCCGUGGUCGGAGCCCGCCUGUCGGAACCGAAGGAGGUGCUCGCAUCGAAAAAGGAUAUUCUCCUCGCACAAGCUAAAAAUGGCGCCUUGGGUGGUGGCGCCCGCGUUGGUGGUGGCAGUGGAGGUGCAGCCUUUGCCCAGAAAUCAGGUGUCGGUGGUGCUACAAUUGCUCGGAAACGAAUUUCCCGUAAAAGUCCCGGUCCCGAGCUAACGCAGAAAAAACGAACGAUAAUUCCUCCGUCCAACAUCAACGGAUCGGAUAUGCAAUCAGUGCAAUGGGCCAUUCAUCUGUUCAGGUGGCUCUACUCUGAUCUGGUCGUCGUAAACAAACUGCUGCAGGACUGGAUUGGUACUGUCAAUACGGCUUUAUUGUCCUAUGUUGAAAAGCAUGAAAUGAUCGUGGAAGUGGUUCGUGUACUACCGGAGAGUCUGCCCCCUCAAAUGUCCAGCAUUCUAUGUGAACCAGCAGAGCAGCCGAAUGAGGUGGAACUCAUGUUUGACCUUGAAACCACUCCAGUUCUGCAGAUCAAGGCGUUUAAGUCGACCAAUCAGAAGACAGACGUUUCGCACUACAAAGCGACCGUCUCUCGAUUGAAGACCCGUAUGAGCGUGAUCAUUAACUUUUUCGCGCUCAAGGGUGAAAUGAAGGUGGAAGGAUUCCCUGACAUUAAAAUCCAUCUCAAUACCAUCGGGCCACUGAAAACGGCCAAUGCACAAGAUGAGAAAAAGCAAAACGAUACAAUAAUCGAACUGCUGACAUCCUCCAUUAGGGACGUCGUAUAUCCGAUCGAUUUCUCUAUCUACUCAACCUGUCCACGAUUGAUGGGUGAGGAACCAGAGGAAAUGAUGCCACUCGAUUACUCAGGUUAUUCGCAAUAUAACGACAAUUAUCGUUCGUAUCAAGAUGAUGCGUUUAGCUCUAAUACAAUUACAUCACCAAAGAAACUUCUAGUCAAAAUUGUGAAAGCCGAAAGACUCUUGCAGUGCUCUCAACCAUGCUGUGUUGUUGAAAUGGACGAACCAGCACAAAAACACCAAACGGUUGGGAAAAUGGGACCGAAUCCAUUUUGGGACGAGACCUUCCUUUUUGACUUGUCGAACCAUUCUUCCGAGCUUCUGUUCGAAGUGUAUGACACUGUAGCCGUAGGUAAUGAUAAUAAUCCUAUCGUUGGUGCAUUAUUAGAGCCAUCCGUAGUGGACGCCCCUGUGGCGUCAUCGUUAGAUGCUAUCGAGAGUGCUGCUGAUGAUCAGAUUUCCGAGUUGCAUGAUGAAAAUAAUACCCCUUCUAAAGAUAACAACCUAAACAUGACCGACCUUAACCCAGAGCGAAGCUCCAACAGCCCUGAGACGCUAGCCGGCGAUGACGCUAGUAGUCAGCCCGAGAGCAACGCACAAACUGAUAAAACUAAUGAACAUACUGAUCCAGCUACUACUGUUGUUGAUAACCCUAAGAAAAAACGCAUUAAGUCAUCUGGCGGUUUCCAAAAAUUUCUGGGCCUCGGACUGGUCGGUAUCGAUGAGCUAGCGGAUGGGCCGGCUUCGACGCAAACUUUAGAGCUUCAACCAAGACCAUAUGAGACGGAAAAUAUUACCGGUACAUUGACAGUUGAGUUUGUGUUCAUCGACGCUCCUCCAGCACCGGCUCCUCGACGACAAUUCAUGCAGCAGUCCUUCCGAACCAAUGGGGAAACAAACUUCGCCAGAGAUGGAACCGAAAACACCGGCACUGCGACCACCAACCAUCCCCAAUAUGCCACCCUACCGAGUGCUGGAAAGCAAAUUGCAUCGGCACCGACAUCACCAGCCAAACCCGGCCUCACUAGCAGCGUCAGCUUCAGCGAUCGUAACAAACGUUUCCUGGCGGCGGAUACUAAUCGAUUGAACAAAUCCUUCCUGAAGCCCCCUCCAGUAUCCGACUAUGGCUUGAACGGCACUAAGCAGCAAUCCGAGUCCACACCGGUAUCGCCAGCGCUGUCAUCCGCUUCGCAAACCUUCAACUCCAGCUUCAGCAGCAGUGUCCCGGAGAACGUCAGCAAGGCGAAGCCACGCACCAUCUUCGGCACGCUCAAGAACAAACUCUCACUGUCCAAGAAGUCCAAAUCGAUGGAUAACCCACAGUACAACCCCUCCUAUCCCGGGCAAAUCCACAGUGCUUCGUCGACGCUGAGUCGUGGAUCAUCAGCAGAUCAACGAUCCAACAUCUUCCCCAACAUCAAGAAUCUCUCACGGAAGUCGUCAAUCUCGGACUCCUCCGCUAUAUCGGGCCUAUCGAAUUCCAGUGGCCGAACUUUCCUGCACGAGGAGUCAACCCUGCUGCUGGAGACGUUGGAAAAUAAUGUAGUGAGACAUUAUCUGGUUCCAAUAGAGGUUGCCCUUCGGCAGAAGGCGUGGAAGCGCAAGGGUACUAAACUACACGUGUACAACGACCAUACGUUCAUCGCCAAGCACAUUAAGGGAGGAGUGCUGUGCCAUGUGUGCAAUCGUGGUAUCGCACGCCGCCCUGGUAAACAAGGAUACGAGUGUCGCGAUUGCCUGAUCCAGUGCCACAAGCCAUGUCAUGUGCGGACGCCCCAAGCCUGCCCGAAUCCGAAGAUUCUCUCUGUGCAGCUAUCAGCGUUGCCCGUUCUUAGAGAGUAGAUUUUUCUUAGAUUUUCAUUCUUUUAUCGAACUGAACCGAUUUCCAAGUUGAAAUGGCCUUUUCACUAAAUCAAAAUAGACGUUUGCCUACAGCCACACACAAUAAGCAUUUAAAAAAGCUGCAAAAUCGCGAAACAGAGCGCAUCAUCACAGGAACAGCUGUUAACACGCAAUCAAAAAAAAAAAAGAAAUGUGGAGAAGCUGCUGCAUAUUCAUGAACAAACCUUAUUAUGCAGCAUAAUAGCUAGACAAAUCCGAAUUUUAACAUUAUGAGAACUUUCGAAAUUUUGCGCAUCGUACAAUUUUAAUCACCGACCAGUCUUUGAAUCAAAAUAUUACAAAAAAAAAAUUAAAAGUUAUAAAAAGAAAAAAAGUUGCCUUUAUACAAUAUAUGCUUACAUGAAAAGAUCGAAGUUAAUUCUAAUCGCUCCAGAAAGUUAUGUACAUAAGAGAGAAAAAAAAGUCCUCUGGAAAGAUGACUUGGUGAUACAAACAAGCCUUCUGCAGCUGAAAAUUCUAUUUAUUCUCGUCAAUAGGAUAUAACGUGAGGGGGAAACCCACACAAGAAAUCUCUCUGGACAAGGUUGUGAGACGAACAGGCAUAGCGCAAAACAUACGCAUUCAUGUUGUGUUUCAUUGUUAGGUAUUUCAACAUCUACUGAAGCUUCCGCGCUGCUCUUCUACUACACUUACUAUAAAUAAAAUGGAAAAAAAAAUUAAAGCAUAUAUCGAUGUUAAGUCAUUAGGUAAGAACGCAACUCUCCAAGAGAAAGUCUUUCACGAAAUUGUGGCUGAAAAAGUCGUAUUUGCGAAAAGUCAACAAUGUAUCUAAGUUAUGAUUUCAAAAACAAAGUGCAAUUGGUAAUAUUAUUCAAAA